AUGGCUCUGACGAUAAGAAGCGUCGCGAGUUACAAUACUCACAAAGAGUACUCUGUCGAUUUCUUCGGAAAUGAUCUGUUCGUCACCGUAACCCCGACUACCUCCGUCAUCAGGCGAUGGAUCAACGCUGCCGUCUUCUACCACCGUCGUUGGCAUCGUCAUCGCCCUCUCGUCGUUGGAGUCGGCGUGCAGUGGACACCGUUUGGUUACUACGAUCCUCCGGCGGAUACUCUCCAGUUGUGCGUGGGUAAACGGUGCAUCAUCAUCCAGCUGUCUCACUGUGGCCAUGUCCCGCAAAUCCUCCGCAGAUUCCUCGCCGAUCCACAGACAACUUUCGUCGGCGUGUGGAAUUACCAAGACGCGAGAAAGCUAUGGCAAUCAGGUCACGGGUUGGGAAUCGCGGAGCUUCUGGACAUCAGGCACUACGUGGUGAAUUCGGAGGGAAGGAGCAUGAGGACUUUUUCGUUCGAGCAUAUUGUUGAGGGGUGUUUGGGUUUUCGUGGAGUGAGGCUAGAUCCGGGGAUUAGCAUGAGCGAUUGGAGUGUCGACGACCUUAGCCACGCUCAGAUUCUCCAGGCGUCGGUAGAUGCUUAUGUAUGCUGCAAGCUCGGUGUUUUGGGAAGACUAUGGGAAGUCUGA